AUGACAAGACAGGGCACCGGCACCACUGCUGCAACUACCAACGUGAAGCAACGGGCAUCUUUUUCGCAGGCGGAUCGCACACCCGACCCUACUGGAGUGUUUGACUCCCCUGUGAAGACCUCAAUAAAUCCCGAGGAUGGGAUUAUCGACGUUGACGUACCAUUUCCCGAUUAUAUUACGUCGUUCGAGUCCGCUAUCAGCUCGCCUUCCAGCAGCGGGUAUCUUUCCACGCCGGGGCUGCCUAGCAACUUGGACUUCUUUGAGCAGUCGGCACGAAUUACGAUCGAUGGUGAUACGCCUCUGAAUGCCGCAGGUUGGCUCAGCCGCUUUCAUCCUGAUUUUUCACUGCAAGCCAUUCCUCCGCAGGAUAACCUCGUUGACAAGGUGAAAGCUGCGAUGCGAGCUGAGCCCACACCGGCACCGCUUUCGCCUCGGGAUGGUGGAACAGAUGAGCGCUGGGUGGACAUUAGCUCUACCAUCAUAGCUGACACCACCACGAAUACUGUCUCUCGCCUUGUGUAUCGGAGGCGGGUAAAGACUCGAGCAGGAGCCGACAUUCCUUCUUCACAGCCAAUCAGCGCCCAUACACCUUCGGUCUUGCCAUACGAAACCCAACUGGGCGAAGAAUGGGCCGAGGAAGUGCUUCUUGAUGCCGACAAGUCCCUUGUUGAGGCUGUUGAAAAGGUCAUCGGCGCCAACUCUGAAGUCACCAAAGACACGGCUUCAGCUGCUGUUCCUAUGCGAGCCUCCAGUAGCUUUGGCGGGAGCGCUGACAUUACUCCCGACUCGCUUUCGGAGACGACAGAAAUGGCGAAUCCCCCUACCGAAAUGCCGCGUGUGCAAUGCAAAACCGUCAUGCUGUCUGCGCUGGAGGAUAUUAUCCGGGAUGUAAUUGACCAGCGCGAUGAAGACGGUGACACACACAUUGGCACAAACUCGCGAAGACGUCCCAAUCUGCUCCGUGAUGCAGUCAGAUCGUGGGUGUCUAGCCUCGAGAACGUGUAA